UCUUUCAAUAUAGCGAGAACAAAAAUAAGCAAAAACUGCAAUAGUAAUGAAAUGUGCAAUAUGCAGGUUUAAAGUGGGAUACAAAAUCCGAUUUUAAUUAAAAAAAAAAAACAUAUUAGCAUGUGCAAUCUGCACAUGAGUGCGUACAAGUGCAAUUAAGUUGGAAACUAACAGAUUUUGUAGGUUUUCCCAAGCGGGAACCAUAAACUGACCGCAACCAUGAAGAAGCGUAACUCGCGCUGCAAUUCGGAUACACAGAAGAUGGAGAACGAUGGCAACGACUUAAGCCUGUUGCAGCGACCGCUCCAAACGGCCCACACGGGCUUCGAGGAGGCGCGUCGUGCUUAUGAGAACGGCACCAGAGAGGUGCGACGUCUGCUCAGCGAAGAGUGCAGCCUCAUCUAUGAGUGCAACGUGUGCCGUAAUAUGUUUCGCAGCUUGGCCAACUUCAUUAGCCAUAAACGCGUCUUCUGCUGCGUCAGUGCGCGUUUAACAAGCCACAAUUCCGGACACACAGACCAAAACUCGACCAUGAUCAUUCAGGCAUCCGCCUCUCAGGAUAUUGACCACAUGCUUCGCAGCCGCAGCACAGGCUGUUCGCCAGUGCCGCGUGAGGCUCGUCCCAUACGCGGCAGCAUGCGCGACCUGAGCGGCGUCAUAGAACGCUUGCGACGCGAGAAAGCGCCAUCGGCUGCUGGGAAGCAGCUGUUGCCAGUGCUGCAGCUGGAGUCGGUGCCCACAUCCAGUCAGGCGGUCUACCAGACGAUUAAGGUCGAGCAGGACGACAGCAUUAAAACAGAGCUGAACGAGGUCCAUCACAUGCUCAAUCCUGAACAAACCAUUGUGGGACCCGAUGGCAAGGCCUUGAACACGAAUCACUACGAGCGACCGAGUGGCAGCGAUUCGGCUGAAACUCCAGAACAGUCGGUCAGCGACGAAGCAGAAACAAACAUCUUCUGUGAAAUAUGCAAUUUGACAUUUCAGACGCAAAAGACACUCGAGCUGCACAUACAGAAGCAUCAUUCAUCAUCUGCGUUUGUGUUUCAGUGUCCGGCUUGCUCGCUCACUUUUUUGCAGGCCGCAGCUGUCAUCCGUCACCUUUCCAAGGAUCACAAAAAACCAACGCGACGCAUACGCAUGAUGCGCAACACAAUCCUGAAGCGCCGUAAGCAGCAGGGCGAUGUUCAGCCAAAGGGACCAAGCCGUGAGCUGAAGCGCUUGAAACUGUCCGACGAUGUGGUCGGCCAUGCGACUGAGCAUACAGAUGCAAACGGAGAGCAGCGCAAGAUAAUGUCUUUAUGCAUUUACUGCGAGAAGUCGUUCGAGCGCCGUGCUGCACUCUCUACGCAUCUGCUCAACUGUCGCGCCAAGCAAGAAGCGCUGGCCAAGCCAGCACCAGUCGUAAAGAAGCUCAAAUCAAACUCAAAUGGAGAAAACGUCUCCAAUAAGGAGAUGCUCGAGGAGAGUCCCAAUUCUGUUUCAGUGGAUGUGCAGAACAUAGACCCCGCUACGCUCAAUGAAAUGUUUGCCGGCCUAGCCGAGCAGAAUGAUAAAUAUGUACCGGAACUGCAGACCGUGUCGUUGGACAAACUGCAGCUGCACCAGGAGAGCGAUUUAUCUAGCGAUGAGGCAUCCAACAGCGAGGACGAGCACGGCGACCACGAGGAUCGCGAACUGGACGAGCAGACCGCCCACGAUGAAACAAAGCCGAAAAUAAAGAAGAAGCGCAAUGUGCCAGUCGAGAAGCAGCUGCGCUGCCGCUGCAAGAUCUGCAAUAAGGCAUUCAAUGCAAUCGGCAACUUGCGGCGUCACAUAUCUAUGUUCCACUAUCGGGCACGCCGGUUCGGCUGCACCAUAUGCGACUAUCGCGCCUUUCGCCGCUACGACAUAGUAAACCACUUGGGGUUCACACACAAAAUAGAGGGGGAUCGCGAGAAGCUGACCGAGCAGUAUGUAUCCACGCAUGAGUGCGAGUAUUCGCGCAACGAUGUCGAUGGAGACAUUGUGCUGUUGGAUAAGGAGGAGUCAGCGGAGCCAGAGCUGGCAGCUGAACCAAAGCCCGCGCCAAAGACCUAUGAGAAGCGGCUGAAGCGUAUCAAAACUGUUACCGAUCCACCGCCUGAAAUGGCUCCCAGUUCGCCGCUUGCCGCAACCGUUUUGCCCGGCGUGGUCAUCAAGGAGGAGCCCGAAGAUGAGCAAUUACAGCAGCCCGUGGUCAGCAAAAAACGCCGCAGGUCGCGCACCCAAAAUUCACCAGAGGGCGGGGAGCGCGGUGGUGAGAAACGGCCCAUACGCAAACGCGUCAAGGCCGUCAACAAAGAUUUUGUCUAUGAUCUUGUUAGCUUUAAGCCAGACCCGUCUGGUGCGCUGACUCCUGUUGAGUCCAUGCGAGCUAAGCUGCGUCGCCAGCCUGGCCAGACUGUGGCAUGUGAUGAGUCAAAGCCUAAACAAUGGGAGCCUUACAUAACCGAGGACAAGAAGGCCCUGGUUCAGGGCAUUACUCGCCGCAUUAUGCUGAAGCUCGUCAGCGAAGGACGUGCCGUCUCUGCCACACUUCCGGAGCUACCCGCCGAGCGACCGCAAAUCCGCCCGCGUCUCAUUUCCUAUACGCGUAGCGAUUGCAGUCAGCAGAAUGUGGUGGACACUACGCCAGUCAGCAGCGUCGGCGAGAGCUUUAUUGAGAAGAUUGCCAAACGCACGGCUGCUGCUGGCAAGGAUGCGACCAUCAGCAAUUUAUGGAACAAAGUAAAUAAUGCCAUUGCUCAGCAACAGAAUGCGGAAACGGCGGAAGUGCCUCCUGCAAAUCAGGAAGUCGAUGCAUUCGCCACUGCUGCAGUUGCCUCGGAGGCAGGAGCCGACUCUCAAAUGACAGUGGAUGCGUUACAGAAGACGCCCAAUGGCAAGCCCGGCAUUAGCACUGGGCUACACCUGACGCCCCCUUCGCCGCCGCGCAAAGGCAACGGCAUGAACAAGAACCUAAAUACAUCCGCCAACUCAGAUGCUGGAUUGCCAGCUUCACCCUUGCCAGCCACCGUUGUGGAGUGCCUCAGCAGCAUGGAGCCCCCAAUGUCGGCGGGUACGUCCGCAAAGUUUCCGGCGUUACCCAAACCCCCAUCCGUGCUGCAGGCGUCUGCCAACGGAACAAUCCAAUUCACAUUGGACAGCCUGCUGCGUGCUGCACUGCAGAACUAAGCCAAAUAGAUGGAAUUGUAUUGGAUCGGAUUGGAUUUGUAUUGGUCAAACAUUCUGCAUAAUAGUUUGUUAUUAGCUCUAACGCUAACUGUUAACUUGGCUUCUCAUUUAAUGUUUAAUGUAGUAUAUAAUGUCCUGCACUGGUGUCCUUAACGUAUUGUCUGUACUCCCAUGUUUUUCGAAUCCGUACUUUCCCAUAUCCAUUAUAGAUAUCAAUGUGAUGAAAACUUGAGUAUUACACGACUUCAAAGCCCAAAUGAAAAACAAGAACAAAAAUUUAAUUAAUCAAUGAAAACCCAUUAGCCUAAUUAUAUAAUUUUUAUUAUUUUUUGACAAUUUAGCUAAUAUUAGACGCUUCGACUCGAGAAGCGAAAGGCGCAUUUUUAGCAUUGUUUUAGAGAAGAAUUGU